CAACCUAUGGAUGUAUUGGUCUCUUUUCACUUGUACUGGACGGAGCGGGCGAGUGCAGUGUCUCACCUCUGUACUGUGUCCCCCUUGCCUUGCUCAUGAUAUCUGUCGCUUUUGGAGAAUACUGAACGUGCCUCUGUUUCUAAACAGCUUUGUAUAAUGUACCGUCCUCAAAACGCUCGAGACUGAGCAGACGGGACUUGUCCAUUGCGUUUGGGAAGAAGAUUUUCUUCUGACAGAUGCACAUUUAUUUUUGAUUGUUUUGGACCUGAAACGUUGGACUGUGUUGUCGGUUUAAGAAUCGCCAAUACACCGCUCUUGGGCAAGUUUGAUGUCCAUUUUACGCAUUUAACACGACAGGCUGCGGUGGUCACGGUCUCCCUAAAGGAAGGGUCUCCUUCCACUCCCCCUCUCACACCUACACAUACACUCCCUCGGACACACACGCACACACACGCAGGAUGAGGGAAGCCUGGAGGUGCCUGCUGGGGCUUUGCCUCCUGGCAUGCUCCGCCUCUCCCGCCUCUCCUAACGGUGCUGCCAAUCCCUUCGCUGGGCAGCAGACACCCCCAGACCCAUGCUAUGACGACGCGGGCGCUGCCCGCCGCUGUAUCCCCGAGUUCAUCAACGCCGCCUUUGGCAAGGAGGUGGCCGUGUCCAGUGUGUGCGGCCGGCCGACGCCGUCCCGCUCUUGUAGUGUGGUGGAGCGCGGUGAUGAGCGGCCCUCAGUGCGCACCUGCCAGAUCUGCGACGCGGCGGACCCGCGGCGUGCCCAUCCGCCCUCCUACCUCACUGACCUCAACUCGGCCCACAACCUCACCUGCUGGCAAUCGGAGAACCUGCACACCUCGCCGCACAACGUCACCCUCACCCUGUCGCUGGGCAAGAAGUUUGAGAUCACCUACGUCAGCCUGCAGUUCUGCUCGCCCCGCCCUGAGUCACUGGCCAUCUACAAGAGCAUGGACUAUGGCAAGAGCUGGACACCUUAUCAGUACUACUCGUCCCAGUGUCGGCGCAUGUACAACCGGCCCAACAAGGCGGCCAUCACCAAGCAGAACGAGCAGGAGGGCCUGUGCACCGAUGGCCACACAGACCUCUACCCUCUAUCCGGGGGGCUCAUUGCCUUCAGCACUCUGGACGGGCGGCCCUCCGGGAAGGACUUUGACAACAGCCCUGUGCUCCAGGACUGGGUGACAGUCACUGACAUCCGUGUAGUUUUCAGCCGGCCCCAGCUGCCACGUGAGCUAGGAGCAGGAGGAGUGGGGAUAGGCGGGGGAGGCCGGAUUGACGAAGACCCAAUGGUACCGUCCACGUCUCUGCCGGCGUACUUCUACGCGGUGGGGGACUUCCAGGUGGGCGGGAGGUGUAAGUGCAACGGGCACGCCUCACGCUGCCUCAAAGACAAGGAGGGCAAGCUGGUGUGCGACUGCAAGCACAACACGGAGGGGCCCGAGUGCGACCGUUGCAAGCCCUUUCACUACGACCGGCCAUGGCAAAGGGCCAGCGCUCGCGAGGCUAACGAGUGUCUACCGUGCAACUGCAACCUACACGCCCGGCGCUGCCGCUUCAACAUGGAGCUGUACAAGUUGUCGGGGAGGAAGAGCGGAGGCGUGUGCAUGAACUGUCGCCACAACACGGCCGGACGCCACUGCCACUACUGCAAGGAGGGCUUCUACCGGGAUAUGGCCAGGCCCAUCACACACCGCCGUGCCUGCAAAGCCUGUGACUGCCACCCGGUGGGUGCGGCAGGUAAGACGUGUAACCAGACGACAGGCCAGUGCCCCUGUAAAGACGGCGUGACGGGCAUCACAUGCAACCGCUGUGCAAAGGGCUACCAACAGAGCCGCUCACCUGUGGCCCCCUGCAUCAAGAUCCCAGUGGUGAACCCUACAGCCAUGGUCAGCAGCAGCACAGAGGAACCGGCAGCAGAUUGUGAAUCCUAUUGCAAACCAGUGAAAGGGAAUCUGAAGAUCAACAUGAAGAAAUACUGCAAGAAAGACUAUGCGGUGCAAGUCAACGUGCUGGACAUGGAGACGGUGGGCGACUGGGCCAAGUUCUCGGUCAACGUGGUCUCGGUCUACAAGAGCCGCGGCGAGCCACUCAAACGGGGCGACAACGUGCUAUGGAUCCAUAUGAAGGACCUGGCCUGCAAGUGUCCCAAAAUCCAGAUGAGCAAGCGCUUCCUGGUGAUGGGCACCAGCGAGACCGGGCCGGGGGGCCCUGGGGCCGGGGGGCCCGGGGCUGGACCAGGGGCUGCUGGGGCUGCUGCAGGAGCAGAGCGCGUAGGGCUCCUGGCCGAUAAGAACAGCCUGGUCAUCCAGUGGAGAGACGUUUGGACGCGGCGCCUCCGGAAGUUCCAGCGCAAAGAGAAGAAGGGCAAGUGCAGCAAAGCAUGAUGGGGGAGAGAGCAGCGCAUCCUCAGCCAACCCCCAUGACCCCACCCCUACUCCUACCUCCCCACGACCCCUUCCUAGCUCGCGGCUAGUUCGCAGGAUAGAACACGACCCCCUAACCCCUAAAAACCCUGAACCCCCCAAAAAAAAAAACGGGGUACACUGCACAUUACAGAGACUGCAUGUAUACUGCCUGUUUAAGGACCACUUUGUGUAUAUUGUAUAAUUAUUUCCUUUUUAUUUUCUGUUUUAAUCAUGGGACUGUGACUGUCUUUUUCUAUUGGUCUGCCUUAAAAAGGGACCAUUAAAAAGGGUACGAAGUGUA